UUGGUGGACGCGCGCAAAGAUGCAACUUUAUGCAGCCUUAUUGAUCUGUUGCUGCAUCCCUUUGAGCUUUUGCCUUGCUCCUACGUCAAACGGACAAACGGAUAAGUGUCAAGAGUACUUGAGUUACGAAGAUUGUGUGAAGGAGGCUUAUGAGGCGGGCGCUAAAUGCCGGAUGUCAAAUGUAUCUUAUCUCAAGGCUGACAUUAAUGAAGUUUGCGAUGGACACCAAGAAAAACUGAAGCGUCUGUGUUCCAUUCACUGCGCGAAAGCAUCGUGUGUAAAUUGCUUCGAAAAAAUGGAAAGAGUAGUAGAAAACUGCAAAUUGUUUUCCAAGAAGGUUAACUGUGACCUCAAGGUCCAAGAAUGUGAGGAAGCAAAGGCUUCACUCAGCAAGUACUGCAGCAGUAAGGAAUGUCCAGUGUGCAAAGAUCUGUAUUGUCGCAACGGAGGCAAUUGUGCUGGACUCGGUUCACCUUGGUGCCAAUGCCCAGCAGGAUACAGUGGAGCUUUCUGUCAAAAAAGUAAAUGCGCAAGCAAGCCAUGUAAAAACGGUGGUACGUGCGUUGGCGAGAACCUCUGUAAGUGCCUACCUCACUACUCUGGCCCUCAAUGCACAGUGAGAAAAAAAAGACUGGGAACUAGAGAAAAUCCAGCACCAAAUGCACAAGCAAUUCUCGACGCAGGCGAUAGUCACGGAAGCGGAAUGUAUUGGAUCCAGCCCCCUGGUGAAACAGCCCCGGCUCAAACCUAUUGUGACAUGACUUUCGCUGGAGGAGCGUGGAUGUUAGCUAGUUAUGGUUACGUUCACGCAACGUCAAUAAAUGCCAACAAUAAGGCCAUACCCAAUAUGAAUAACCCAAAUGGUUAUGCCUGGCUUCCCACUCAACGCAGCUCCUCAAAUGGUCUGAUUAAUCUGCCCCACGGCGCUGUAAAAAUGGCCAAUAAAGCUCGUUCUAUGAUCAUGGCUGCAGGUAACAACCCAGCCACAGGCGGUAUUGAUCAAUAUUCAUACGUCUAUCGCAUCAACAUUACGGAUAAUCCUUACACCAUAACCUUUGCAAAUCAUAACCGCUUUAAUGGCGGACAACCGGGUCGCAUGCAUGUCCAAGAUUUUAUUGUUGAAGCGUUGAAAGGCGAGAGUGGAAGUUAUGUUAGACAUGCUUUAGGGGAGGCCCUGGGGGUGACAUGGAGCGACUCAUAUCCCACUGGGUACGGGUUUAACGACAAAACGGGAUAUUCUUCAGGCUUUAACAAGGGUCCCUUUUUCCCCAGUGUCCACUCGGGCUCGGGACGCAGUCCGUGUAGUGGAUGCACCCCAACUGAUUACGAGCCUGACGUUAAGGGAGGCUCCCCUCACUACACACAUCGUGGCUGGUACACAGCUACAGGUUUUGGUAAGACAGGGCAAACAUCUGUUUGGUUUAAGUGAAGGAUUAGCACUCUGCAUUAAGUUUUAUUUGAAUUAGUCGAUGGCGUUGUUUUCAUAGUUCACAAAGACUGGGUACACCGUUAGUUUUAAACAUUUGUUUUAUAAAGAAUUACAAGUAUCC